AUGACGGCUGAGCGUGACGAGCUGACGGAGAAGCUGCAGAGCACCGAGGACGCCAAGGAAGAGGUGGAGAGGAACCUCGAGGCGAUGACGGCUGAGCGUGACGAUCUGACGGAGAAGCUGCAGAGCACCGAGGACGCCAAGGAAGGCGUAUGUAAACGUCAUUUGAGGUUGAAGGAGCGUUAUGGGGAUCUUUUGCGGAAGUCUUCUGAAAAUGAGGUUCGUCUGCGUGCGUUACAUGAUCGUCUUUCUUUUUCUUCUGGAGUUGGUGUGGCGGAUGAGAAGCGUUUUUCUGUUACGAAGAGGUUAUUGGCUUCUCGUGACAGGCAUGGGAAGGAGAAUCGUGGCAAGUGA